GUAUGAUGAUGAAGAAGAUCAGGUAAAUCAAUAUCAGAAAAUAUUUGUUGAAGAUAUAGAAAAAUUAGAAAUAGGUUUAGAACCUGGUAUAUUUAAAUCACGAUAUAGUUGUCUACGUAUUUAUUAUCAUUGUUUAGCUGAGGAGGGAUUCUUUCAUACAUUCCGUGUUCCCAGUACACGUCUAUUUAAUAAUGUUAUUAUAGCUGUAAAAAAUCAGGAGGAAGCAAAGGAAUCUUUACGAGCUAUUGGUCAGUCAUUUAUUGCUAGUCAAGAGUUAUUGUCCAUGAAUUUAGAUGUUGUUGAGAGACAGAAAUUAGAGAGAAAGCGAACAAGACCUCAUCCUGAUAUAAUGGAUAUACAUAAACAACAACAGGAAAAUUCUUUAGCUUGUAUACAUUUACCUCGUGAUAUAUCUACAGAUAUACCUCUCUCUCUAAAGACCUCUAUGCUCACUGAUACAGACAGCAAUGGUCAAGAUAAUGCAAUUACUGAUGAGAAAACUUCCCCUAAUCGCAAUCCAAUCGAAUUUCUUCAGGCAGCCAUCAGAAGUCCCUUCAAGAAGCCUUCUCUUCCAUCCUUCAACACACCCUCUAUCAAGUUAAAUUUUAGCAAACCAAAUAUAGCACUGAAUUCAGCAGCAAAAGUAGCAGCCAAAUUUACAAGUGUUUUCUCUAACUCUGACAAAGCACCUGAAGAUGAAAUUGAAGAGGUCGCUGAUCAAGGGGGACAACCUGAAAUUAGUGAAUCCAACAGUGAUGAGGAUACCGUUGAGGUGAAAGCUACUGAAGAUAUUGAUGAGGAAGUGAUACUGGGCAGUUGUGGUAUCCUAGCAACAAGUCCUAGUCAAUUAUUACUUAAUUCUCAGUUACGAGGUAAAGAGAAGCUUAUUUCAAGACAACGGUUGAGAAGCACAAGUGAAAGUGAAAGCGAGUCUGUAACUAAUGUUUUUGAAAGAGAUUCCGAUAUAGAUGCUAGUGCUCAAUUAG